CACAUAAUUUGGAUUCCCCUAUAAUGCAUACUUCUACCAAUAUAUUUGGCACGAUAUUCAAAUAGUAGAAGAUAUGGCACUGACAACAAACGAGAUGCUGUUAUGGACCAAGGAGGUGCUUCCUUACGUUAUUAUGUUAAUGGUAGAAUGCUUGGAUAUGAGCAUGCUCACAAUAGUAAAAGCGGCAAUGAAUGGUGGUAUGAACAAUCUUGUCUAUAUUGUUUACCAUAACGCCCUUGGAACGAUGAUUCUUCUUCCAUUCUUCAUCAUCCAUAUCUUUAGAAACAUCAGGCGUCCUCCGCUCACGUUCCAUAUUGUUUUUAGAUUCUUCAUCCUUGGUCUUUUAGGGCUUUGUCUUUUUCAGGUUCUUGUAUAUGUAGGGUUAGGCUACAGCUCUCCAACCUUGGCAAGUGCUAUCGGGAACUUGGCUCCAGGAAACACAUUCUUGCUUGCAGUCGUUUUCAGGAUGGAGAAAAUAGACAUAAGGAGUUCAAGUAGUCUAGCGAAAUUAUUUGGAACCAUAGUAGCAAUAUCGGGAGCAAUGGUGUUCACAUUAUAUAAAGGUCCUGAAAUUUUUCACACAAACUCUUCGUCUAAUUCACAUAAUCAUCUUCUUUUGUCACAAGCAUCGGAUUGGGUUUUUGGAGGUCUGAUUCUUGUUAUGGCUGGAAUCGUUGCUGCAAUAUGGAAGGUUUUACAAUCAACUACAUCUAGAGAGUACCCGGAUCAAGUAACGGUUGUGUUUUUCUACUGCCUAUUUGGGACAAUUCAAUGUAUACUUCUAUCUUUGUUCCUAGUUGAAAAUCCAAGCGAUUGGGUGAUGCAACCAGGAAUCGCAAUGGUUGCUGUUGUUUUGGGGGCGGUAUUUAACACAGCAUUUCGUAGUAGUGCUGUGAUUUGGUGCUUGAAGAAAAAAGGUCCAGUUUUUGUGGCAAUGUUCACUCCCCUCUCCAUAGUAAUUGCAACAAUAAUGGGUGUCACAUUUCUUGGUGAUUCACUUUAUUUAGGAAGUGCCAUUGGAGCCAUGAUAGUUGCCGGAGGAUUUUAUACGGUGAUGUGGGGCCAAGCCAAACAGAAGGAGAGGGAGACGGAUUUGGAGGGUGCAGAUGAACUUGGAUCAUCAAACCCUACGACUCCUCUCCUUUCAUCCGGAGGUGAAUCGAAAUGUUAGUUAGUGAUUAAACCAAAGGGAAGAAAACAUUAAUAGGUGUUGUUUUUUAUUGGAUUUAAUAAAGACCGGAAUAUGAAAUAUAUAAAUUUUUUACUUAAUAUAAA